CCUUCUUCUUCCUUCAUCACUCUCUCUCUAUUAAUUACUAAUUCUCCAAAUCAUGGCCUCCGCCAUGACUUGCUCAGCUGCCGAGCUCUUCCCUCAUCUCGGCAGCUCAGCAAAUGCCACAGCGGCCGCAGAAUUCAUCUGCAGCCGCUUCUCAGCUGUCUCAGAGUACCUCACAAACACCACCUACGCGGUGGACACCACAUACCUCCUCUUCUCGGCUUACCUCGUCUUCGCCAUGCAAUUGGGAUUUGCCAUGUUGUGCGCGGGCUCUGUCCGCGCCAAAAACACGAUGAAUAUAAUGCUUACAAACGUGCUUGAUGCUGCUGCUGGUGGAUUGUCUUAUUAUCUCUUUGGUUUUGCCUUUGCCUUUGGAGCUCCUUCUAAUGGUUUCAUUGGAAAACAUUUUUUUGGAUUAAAAGAGUUUCCUUCACAAGCUUUUGACUAUAGCUAUUUUCUUUAUCAAUGGGCCUUUGCCAUAGCUGCUGCAGGUAUCACAAGUGGGUCCAUAGCUGAAAGAACACAAUUUGUGGCUUAUCUCAUUUACUCUUCAUUUUUGACCGGUUUUGUGUACCCAAUUGUCUCACAUUGGUUCUGGUCCGGUGAUGGUUGGGCCAGUGCAUCAAAAACCGAUGGUAACUUAUUAUUCGGUUCGGGUGUUAUCGAUUUUGCCGGGUCCGGUGUUGUUCAUAUGGUUGGUGGCAUUGCCGGUCUAUGGGGCGCUUUCAUCGAAGGACCACGAAUCGGUCGGUUUGAUCGGUCCGGUCGGUCUGUUGCCCUAAGAGGCCAUAGUGCCUCAUUAGUUGUAUUAGGUACUUUUUUACUAUGGUUCGGUUGGUACGGAUUUAAUCCUGGUUCAUUCUUAACUAUUCUUAAAUCAUACGAUCAUACCAUAAGAGGUACUUAUUAUGGUCAGUGGAGCGCGAUCGGUAGGACAGCUGUCACGACUACAUUGGCUGGUUGUACCGCCGCUCUGACAACUUUGUUUUGUAAGAGGCUUUUAGUGGGACAUUGGAAUGUAGUUGAUGUAUGUAACGGUUUACUAGGUGGAUUUGCAGCAAUCACGUCAGGUUGUGCAGUUGUUGAGCCAUGGGCAGCUAUAGUUUGUGGAUUUAUCGCAGCUUGGGUUUUAAUUGGAUUUAACGCAUUGGCAGCUAAAUUAAAAUACGACGAUCCAUUAGAAGCAGCACAACUUCAUGGUGGUUGCGGUUCAUGGGGGAUAAUAUUUACUGGAUUAUUCGCGAAAAAAGAAUAUGUCAACGAAGUAUAUCCAGGAUUUCCUAAUAGACCAUAUGGAUUGUUUAUGGGAGGUGGUGGAAAACUAUUAGGUGCACAAGUAAUUCAAGUUGUUGUGAUUAUUGGAUGGGUGAGUGUCACAAUGGGACCAUUGUUUUAUUUGUUACAUAAGUUUAAGCUAUUGAGGAUAUCGCGAGACGAUGAAACAGCAGGGAUGGAUUUAACAAGACAUGGAGGAUUUGCAUAUAUAUAUCAUGAUGAAGAUGAAGGUUCAUCUAUGCCUGGAUUUAAAAUGACAAGAGUUGAACCGACUAAUACUUCUACACCUGAUCAUCAAAAUAGAUCUGUUAAUGUGGUUGUAUAACAAAUAAAUAAAUAAAUAAAAAUGUUACUAUAUAGAAUGGUCACCUUAUAAUUAAGGAAACGUCAAAUCUCAAAGUGCUUUAAUAAUGUGAUAUUAUUGGUUUCUUGAUAGACUAUAUAUAUAUAUAUGCCAAAUAUUUUUGACCAAAAAAAAAA